GUUAUUUAUCUUGUCGUCUAUUAGAAUCACUUCCUGUAUGUAUUAUUUGUAGUUUUGUAGGGUCGCGUAUGAAAAUGUAUCAUAACGUUCAACUAAGAUCGUAGUCUGAGUCACUAGACAGAUCAAAAUUACAGAAUACUGGGCUAGGUAAAACAAAAUAGCAGCUAGAUGAACUGGUCAGCAUUGAGAAUCUGAUUUUCAACAAUUAGAACUACCAAAAAAAAAAUGCUGCAACAAAUCCUUGAGCAGAUGUACAUUGACCCAGAGCUCAUAGAAGAGCUGUCUGAGGAUCAGAAACAGAUACUUUUUUACAAAAUGCGCCAGGAACAAGUUAAAAGAUGGAAACAGUUUGAAGAAAAAAUGGAAGAAGAAGAUAAGAAGAAGAAAUCAAAGCCACAAGGCAAAAAGAAAGUAGAUUUUUUAAAAGGACGAGAUGGAGGUGAUUGGGUGUGGGUCAUGGGAGAGCAUCCAAACGAUAAAAGUAUUGAGGAAAUUUUAGAGGAAGAAGCCAAAAAAACAGCACAGAAACUAGCUGAGGCUGAAGCUCAGUUAUUAAGAGAAAAAGAAGAAGCUGAAUUACAUCGUAAAUUAGAAGAGGAAAGAUUGCGCGUCAUUAAAGAGAAUGAAGAGCGAGAAAAAGAAUUAAAGCGCCAGCAAGAAGAGGCAGCUUUGUAUCAGUCACAAAAAGAGGCCAAACUAGCAAUGGAGAAAAUGGAAUUAGAAAAAAAAAGAUUGGAAGAAGACGAGAAAAAAAGACUUUUAGAAUUAGCGCCUUUAGUAGAACACAGUGACACAGGGAAGCAUUCAUCGCCAAUUUUAAAUUCUCCGUUCCUGUCGGUUGUUAAACUGAAGAAGAUAUUUGGCAAUGAACAAGAGAAGAAAGCUCGAAGAAAAUCACGUGAGAUGACUGAACUGAUUAAGGAGAAACGUAGCAGUGAAAUUUACCUGUCCUUAAAAGAGCAUCGUGAAAAAAUGAAAAAAGUUGCUGAGGAGUCAGCAAAAGAGGUUGAGAGCACCUGGCAAGAACAGGAGAAAAAAUCAAAAGAAGCAGAUAUACAAAAACGAGAGGUGGCUGCAAAUGCCAGAACAGAAUACAGGGAGUCUGUUAGGCGGUCUAUGAACUUAAUGCAGGCUGCACAAGCAUUUGCACAAGGAGGAAACAAGCCUCCACUUCCUCCCAAAAAACAUUUGCUGGGGCCUAAUGUUCCAAUCUCAUCUAGCAAAAAACCAAAACCAUUGCGACCCAAAAAUCGUGAAAUGGUUGUUAGUUGGUUUAAGAAAGAAGAAGCGCCAAAGGGUACAGGAUUGGAUCCAACGACAGGGAAAGUAGCAAACUGGUUUCAUGGAAUUAUUAAUAGGACUGAGGCUGAGAAAUUUCUGGAAGGGAAACCAAAUGGCUCGUAUUUAGUCCGAGUUAGUGAAAGAGUGUGGGGUUACACGUUAUCAUUGAAGGAGACAAACAGGUUGAAACAUUUCCUCAUUGAUGCCUCAGACUUGGGCUACCAGUUUAUAGGAGCAGAUCAGACAGUGCAUGACUCUCUAGCCAGCCUCAUUCAGUUUCAUAAGGAUAAUCCUAUAACAAUAUCAGGCAAGGAGAGGUUGAUACACCCGUGUGGACAGACCUCAGAUCCACCAGACUACUGGGAACUCUUCCACAACACAACAACCGAAGCCACAGCAUUAUAAACAAAUACUCCUUAUUAUAUCUUAUGCAAUAUUGGUGGACUAGUAUUAAAAUGGUAGGGUUGACUGAUGAUGGGGUUGACAUGUUUGGGCUGGUAAACAGCAGGGUUGACACGAACUAGAAGACUAGAAUUUAUGUCCAUCCAAUUUAUUCCUAUAUCUUUAUGUCCAAGAUUCAAAAAUAUUCCUGUAUAUUUUAUGUACGCUGGUAUAUUUGGUUUUUUUAUUUUAUUUUACAAUAAAUUAUGUUGCUGCUAAUAUAUAAUUUAGCUAAAAUUACUUAGGUUCUGAUGUUUUUUUACCAAAUGCUUUUGAUAACUGCUUAAAAAAAUUGUGUUUAGGUAAAAUUUACCAAGAUAUUUAUUUUUUACCUUUAUUCUGGUCCUUCUAAGUCAUAAAAGUGUUGGUUAUUUUUUUUAAAACCGCACAAUGUAUGAGACAUGCCUGAAUAGUUAUACUGAGUGCUGUUGUUAGACAUGUGCUCUCUUGACCAAGUUAGUAAGACAGACCUGUGCUAUCUUGACCAAGUUGGUAGGACAGACCUGUGCUAUCUUGACCAAGUUGGUAGGACAGACCUGUGCUAUCUUGACCAAGUUGGUAGGACAGACCUGUGCUCUCUUGACUAAGUUGGUAGGACAGAAUUGUUAGACAUAUGCUCUCUGGAUCAAUAUGGUAGUACAUCCCCAUGCUACAUUGUCUGAUCAAGAUGCAAUUUAAAUGUUAGUAUAGACAUAGUAAGAAUAGACUUGAUGUGGUAGAUUGUGAUGUUAGGACAGACCUAAUUAGUAAAUUACUGUGAACUAUGAUAUCUUAGAUUCCCCUACUGGAUUUAGUGUAGCUUGUAAUUGCAUUUAGUUUCUAUUUAGUGCAAUAGUUUGUUUGAGUUUAGUAGCAACUCAAUACAUAACUUUGGCAAACUAUCAAACUUUGAGAAUUCAGUCAAAAUUAGAAUAUACAAUUUGUAAAUAUUUUUAUAUGCACACAGUAUCAAUGGCAACUUCUGGGAACUGAAAUUAAUUUUCUGUGCCUUAUUUUUACUCUUUUUGUGUUCAUUAAUAAACAAGUGAGAGUCUAUCACUUCAUUUGUCCAUUUAGUAUUAUGUGAAGGUCAGUUCAUCUGUGAAUUUAACUAUGGGGGUCACUAUUUAUGCAAGUUAAUGUAUUUCAAGUCUUUUUACUAUGUGGGAUUUAUUUACAAAUGAACUUGUUUAUAUAUUUCUUGUAGAUUAAAAAUGUAGUGCUUAGGUCACAAAUGAAAUGCUAAUUAAAAGCAAUCAAAGACUGUUGAGAUUAUUUAAUGCAUAAUUGAUUUAGACAGCAAUAAUAUGCUGAUGUAGUCUUUCUAGUGUUGAAUAUAUACACCUACGUUAUGUACUGCUUUCUUGAGAAUAAUUUUACUUUUGCUUGUCUAGAAAAGGCCAAAGAGAAUAAGCAUUCAUUGUAAAAAUGUGAUAUGUUGAUGUGAAUCUUUCAGGACCAGGAUGAUUGAGGAAACUCUUCUCUCAGGGUCUGUCAAUUUGGUAACUAAUUAAUUAUUUCAAUAAUUAAUUUAAGAAUCCAUGACUAAUUUUAACUCUUACAGGACCAUGACUGAAGUUUUUAUUUGGCCAAAACCAAAUUUGAGAUAUAUAUAUUUGGGUCCACAACCAUCUAAAUAAGAUUUUUGAUUUGUUAUGCACCAUUUGUCAAAAUGUAUAUGGAUUUGGUAGACUGCAUGGAGUGCGGCUGUUCUGUAAUUGUUCAUUUUCUACUGUUAAUUUGAAUUCUAUUCUUAUGUACACAGUUCAGUGAUAAAAUAAAUCUGCUUGUUUGUUACAUAAUCA